GAAAAAAAGCAAAAUUAGCGGGCAUUUGAAUUUGAAAUGUCAUAACGGCCAAAUCAGCCAUAGAUGCUCCCCGUCUUAACUCCCCCAACAGCAACUGCAAGACUCAUCGGUCUCAUCUUCACAGUUUGUCUCUCACACACAUACAAACUCAAUGGCCUCUCUCACUCCAGGAAUCCUUCUAAAACUUCUCCAAUCCAUGAACUCAACAACCCGUGUCACGGGCGACCACCGCUCCGCUCUCCUCCAAGUCAUCGGCAUUGUUCCUGGUCUCGCAGGCUCCGACCUCUGGCCCAACCACGGCUUCUACGUGCAGCUCUCUGAUUCCGUCAACUCAACCUAUGUCUCCCUCUCGGAACAUGACACUGAACUCAUUCUCACCAACCGCCUCCAGCUUGGCCAGUUCGUUCAUGUUGACCGAUUUGAGUUCGACUCGCCCGUCCCUCGUGUGAACGGAAUUCGUCCAAUCGCAGGCCGCCAUGCUUUCGUAGGCACUCCUGAACCUCUCAUUGCGCGCAUUUCUGCGUCGAAAAGAGAAUUUGUUAUUCAACCAGUGUCCGAUUCGGAGUACUCCGUCGAUCCAAUUGCCGUUUACUUGUCCAAAAACAAGUCCGAUCGAAAAGAAAACAAUGAAUCCAAAGGAGAUGAUAAAAUUGAAAAAACUAAAACAAGACAAGCUCUUGCGCCGAGAGAUAACGUCCCAAUUCCAAAUUUAGAUGAAAGCAAACCAGUUUUAGAAAAGCCACCUCAGAGGUUUUCAUCUCCGGCUACUGCAAAACGAUCAGGAUCGAUUGGAAAAAAGAAUCAGGCAGUGGUUGAAAGAAAUCCAUCUCCGGCAGGAAAUGUGAAGAGAUCUGCGUCUCCGGUGCCAUCAAAAUGUGUUGUGCCUAGCCUAGUUGCUGCUAAAGAUGACAAUCGGAAGACGGCAAGGGAGCCAGCAAUAAUAGUUCCGUCAAGGUAUCGGCAGCCUUCGCCGAACGCGAGGAAGCAGGCUUCACCAAAUCCACGAAGGGCUUCGCUCUCUCCUGGGAGAAGGUUGUCGGGAGGAGUGAAGUUUUCACCUGUUGUUGCAGAUUCUGGUGGGAAGAAGAAGAUGGCAACCAUUGUUGCCGGGAUUUCCAAACAUUCAGAGGUCAAGAAUGGUAGAAAAAGCUGGGAUGAGUCGCCUCCUGUCCAAGAUUCAGGAGAGCAGAAAGAAAAGGCUGCCGUAAAGAGUAAUAAGCCAGAUCUGGAAUCCAUUUUGCGAACUCAUGCUGCUAUUUCUAGACGUCUAAGUGGUGUUAAUGGGCAAAAGUCGGUCAGUGAUGAUUCUUUAACCAAGAAGAAUAGUAAACCAAGUUCGCCUGAAACCAGUUUGGGUUAUGAAACGCUGGGAAUUCCAAUUCAUGAAAAAAAAUGGACUGAUGGCAGUGUUUCACUGGAUUCAGUCUCCUUUGGCCUUGCAAGAAUGGGGAAGGAGGCCAUGCAAAGAAAAGUUCUUGCUGCUGCAGCAGCGGCUGAAGCAUUAGAGGAGGCCUUUGCUACCGAGUCUCUUGUAAGGUGUUUGAGCAUGUUCUCUCAACUCUCCUCUACAUCCAAGGCUGGAAAUCCUUUGCCCACAAUCGAUAGAUUCUUUUCAAUAUACACUGACGUAGUGAAAUAUACUGGAAUCGCUGAAUCUGUUACAACCCGAGAUAACAUCUCGACUGAGCAGUCAAAAUCCACUUCUCUCUGGGUUGAAGCAGCAUUGGCCACUGAUCUUGAGAUUGUCUCUCUUCUCACCGCCCUAAACAACGAAGCUCCUUCAACUCUGCAGAAAAGUUUUUCGAAUGGAAAACAUCUGAAUCUACAAAACCGACUAAAGGGUAGCAGUAGUACAGCAACAGCCACAGAUUCUAAUAUUGAGACGUGGACAAGAGGCCAUGGAAUGGAAGAAACUGUGCAGCUUGGAAAGAAUUUGCAGUCUGAGAUGCAAGUUUGGUUUGUACGGUUUGUUGAGGAAUUGCUGGAUGCUGGUUUCCGGGUGUUUGGAGAAGGUGAAAUCAAUGGAAGUGUAACUCUUCCUAUGGAUUGUGGUUCAAUUGCAGUAGUCUUGUCCCAGUUGAAGCGUGUAAAUGAAUGGUUGGACAGUGAGGUUUCAAGCAAGGACGAUACACUCAGUACAAAGAUCGAGCAGUUGAAGAGAAAGAUCUAUGGGUUUGUAAUUCAGCAUGUGGGAACUACAUUUGAUAAUGCUUCGCAUGUUGCUUCUUCUUGAUCUAUUUAAUUUCAGUUCAAAGCUUGAAAUUAUGUAAUGAUUUCCUUCUUUAUUUGAAGAUAUGGAAUUAGAGUAAGAUCAUUUCCACA